GCGCGGCAGCGGACGAAGGGAGCGGUGCGGGGCGCCGGGACUGCGGAGCGAGAGUUUGAUUUUUUUUUUUUUUUCGUUUUCUUUUUUGGCUGAUUUUGCUGCCUUUGUGCCUUUUUCCUUUUCUUGAAAUCAUAUUCUGCUCGGUUUUUGUAUUUUUAUUUGUCUUUUGGUUUUUUUCCUCGCCUUCUGGGAGCCUGCGGAGGGCUGCGCGGCACCGCUGCUCUUCUCGGGGCGGCUCAGCCCCGCGCCCCCUUUUCGCCUCCCCCGUCCUCUUCCCCAUCCCGCCCCGCUCGCGGCCACCAAAUGCUCAACAUGACCGAGGAGCACGACAAGGCGCUGGAGGCUCCGUGCAGCCCCGCGGGCACCACCAGCUCCAUGUCCCACGUGGACUCGGACUCCGACUCCCCGCUGUCCCCCGCCGGCUCCGAGGGCCUGGGCUGCGCGCCCGCGCCCGCCCCGCGCCCCCCCGGUGCCGCCCCGCUGGGCGCUAAGGUGGAUGCGGCCGAGGUGGACGAGCGCUUCCCCGCCUGCAUCCGCGACGCCGUCUCGCAGGUGCUGAAGGGCUACGACUGGAGCUUGGUGCCUAUGCCCGUGCGCGGCAACGGGUCGCUCAAGGCGAAGCCGCACGUCAAGCGGCCCAUGAACGCCUUCAUGGUGUGGGCGCAGGCCGCCCGCAGGAAGCUGGCCGACCAAUACCCGCACCUGCACAACGCCGAGCUCAGCAAGACGCUGGGCAAGCUCUGGCGUUUGUUAAGUGAAAAUGAGAAACGUCCCUUUGUGGAAGAAGCUGAGCGGCUCAGGGUCCAGCACAAAAAGGAUCACCCGGAUUAUAAAUACCAGCCCCGGAGGAGGAAAAGCGUGAAAGCUGGGCAGAGCGACUCUGACUCCGGGGCUGAGCUCAGCCACCACGCCGGCACCCAGAUCUACAAGGCAGACAGCGGGCUGGGGGGCAUGGCUGAUGGCCACCACCAUGGCGAGCACACAGGCCAGCCCCAUGGGCCACCCACGCCACCCACAACCCCUAAAACCGACCUGCACCAUGGCAGCAAGCAAGAGCUGAAGCACGAGGGCCGCCGCCUCGUGGAAAGCGGCCGCCAGAACAUUGACUUCAGCAACGUGGACAUCUCAGAGCUGAGCAGCGAGGUCAUCAACAACAUGGAGACCUUUGAUGUGCACGAGUUUGACCAGUACCUGCCACUCAAUGGCCAUACUGCCAUGCCGGCUGACCACGGCCCCAGUGCUGGCUCCUACAGCACGUCCUACUCCCACUCGGCAGCAGGCGCCGGCGGGGCUGGCCAGGUGUGGACUCACAAGAGCCCGGCCUCGGCAUCGCCGUCGUCGGCUGAUUCGGGCCAGCAAAGGCCGCACAUCAAAACGGAGCAGCUGAGCCCCAGUCACUACAGCGACCAGUCCCACGGCUCCCCUGCACAUUCCGACUACGGUUCCUACAGCACCCAGGCCUGUGCCACCACCGCCUCCACCGCCACAGCUGCCGCCUCCUUCUCCAGCUCCCAGUGCGACUACACGGACCUGCAGAGCUCCAACUACUACAACCCCUAUCCCGGUUACCCCUCCAGCAUCUAUCAGUACCCCUACUUCCACUCCUCACGGCGUCCCUACGCGACACCCAUCCUCAACGGCUUGUCCAUCCCGCCGGCCCACAGCCCCACUGCUAACUGGGACCAGCCGGUCUACACAACCCUGACAAGGCCUUAAAAAGGAUGCGUGGAGCCCCCCCAGGGCUUCCCCGAUGUAUGCACUAAUGAAGGAACGAAGAGGAAGAACGUGGAGUGCCGCGAUUGUUUCCCAAGUGCCUCCUGAGCCGCUGGGAACUCUGCUCGUUGCGACUGGGUGUCCCCUUGCUUUGAAACUCUCCAAAAGGACAGAGCUCUAUUUUUCUUUAAUUAAUAAAAUUAAAAAUAAAAAAAAAAAAAAAAAAAAAAGAAGAGUUAAAAAGAAAUACUGAAAAAGACUGGUGAUUCCUUUUGAAUAAAUGAAGGACAAAACCAUUCGACUCCUCUGUGAGGACUGAACUUGCUCAUUGUGGAAGCUGACAAGUGCAAAAUGGGGUGGGGGGGAGGUGGGGGGAGAAAGGAAGAGACGUUGGAGACUUUCAGGGUCUGUUGCAAUGUGGGAGACGGACCAACCUUGAGGGCAAGAACUCACCCGGACCAAGGCGUACGGAAAGCGAAACCCCAGCGAUUCUGCGUAACAAUCUUGUGGGAACAAGCGAGUGUGGUGGGACCAACCAAUUACAUGUCUGAAGUGUUUGUUUUGUAGUCGAGAGUUCUUCUAAGCAAGGUUUGGCUGUAAUUAACAUUUUGUUUUGGGUUGGUUUUUUUUUUUUGGUUUUUUUUUUUUUUGAAGCUUAAAGUGUUUUGUUUUUUUUUUAAUCUGUUAAAUAUGUAUUUAUGUUCUGUAUUAUUUUGUCUUUUAAUUAAUGAAGUAAUUUUGUGCAGAAAAAAAAAAAAGUAGAAUUUUAAAAGAUUUUUAAAGAUGGGGUGGGGAGGGAGCAUCAAAAUAGUGGAGAUGACACAAUAAAAUGGUGUUAUGAGUCUAUAGAUACUCUUUGGUUUUCGGGUUCUUUUUGUUUUGAACCGCUCGAGGGAGGCUGAAGGCUGCAGCCUCGCACAGACCUGGUCAUGAGCAGGGAGCUCCACUGGGAGCUGCAGCACAGGCAGCACAGCGCUCAGGGGUGCUGCAGAAGCUGCUCCCUAAAUUCGGAGGCUCACACGACCGGCCGGCAGCAGACAGCGCCGUGUUUUCCUGCCUACCUGCUUUCAGGCUCUAACAUUGGAUUGAAGGCAUUGCAAAUAGUUGUACGCUUUCAGAACCAGGACUACUUUAUAGGAAGAUGUAAUUUAAUGAGGAAUUAUCAACUUCUGCUUUGAUUUUUUUUAUUUUUUUUUUUUUUUACAUUUUUUUGGCUUCUAGGGACCAGGUAUCAUCCAUCAAGCUGUGAAACUAAAAUCUUCUCCACUAAAAAAAAUGUUUAGGUACUUAGUUUUAGACUAAUAUUUCAUUGAUAUAUUUCUACUUCUUCCAUUGUAUGCUGAGCAUAUAAUAACCAUCUAUUUUAUGAUAACUUGUGCCUUUAAAAACUUUGUAAAUCUAAAAACAUGUUUCAGACGUUAUCAUCUUUUUACCUUUUCUACGUUUCCUACUCUUUUUCUAAAAAUAUUUUUUGCAUAUUUCCUUUUGGGAACGUGGGGGUGGGGGAAAAAUACAGAAAACUCGUUUUUAUGCAAUCUAUUUUUCUGUAUAAAGUUUGAAAGACUUUGGCUGUUACUUAUCUGUUCUCUUCACUAGCUUCUGACUAAGCAAUGCUAACUUUUGUACAGAUCAAUUUGAUAAAAUUAAAAGUGGCUUUUUAUCAA